CUAAUGACUUUACAUUUUUUUUUAUUUGUUAUUGUUUUUACAUUUUAUCUUAUAUUUGCUUUUCAUAAUACGAGCUUAUUACUUUUAUUUUUAUAAAUUCUAUAUUAUUUUUUAGAAUACUUAUGAUGAAUAGUAAACAGCGAAAACGAUUUUUACUUUUAUUAUAUCUUUUACAAAAGAAAGAUAAAGAAAUUGAUACGAAUAUGAAGUUAUUUAUAGUUAUUUGGUGGAUUGGAUUAAAAAGAAUUAAUAUAAAUGAACGAAAACGUCGAUGGUGGGUUCGACCUAUUAAUCAAAAACGUAAUGAACAAGGUGAUGGUAAUCAUCUUAUUGAAGAAAUGAGACUUUAUGAUACAGAGGUUCAUUUCCAGUAUACUCGUCUUACUAUUGAAAGUUUUGAUAAUUUAUUACGUAUAGUGGGACCCAAAAUAGAAAAGAUAUCAACACAUUAUCGAGAACCUAUACCGGCACGUAGCAAGUUAUAUUUGACAUUGAGGUUUUUGGCUACUGGAGACAGUAUGUCUUCUAUUGCCUUUGCUUAUCGAAUAGGACACAGUACUGUUUCUAUGAUAAUAUCAGAGGUAUGCGAAAGCUUAUGGGAUGUUCUUCAAAACGAAUUAUUUCAACCAUCUAAAUGUGGGUGGAAAAAAGUUGCGAAAGAAUUUGAAGACUAUUGGAACUUUCCGCACUGUAUUGGUGCUUUAGACGGUAAACAUAUAAAUGUUAAGGCUCCACCACAUUCUGGUUCAGUUUUUUAUAACUAUAAAGGGAAUCACAGUAUUAAUUUAAUGGCAGUAGCAUCGGCACGAUACAAAUUUUUAAUGGUAGACAUUGGUGGAGAAGGUCGGCAUAGUGACGAAGGAAUUUUCAAAAAUUCUGUAAUAAAUUACAGAUUGCAACAUAAUCAAUUAUACAUACCUGCUCCAACUCCAAUUAUUACAGAAGGAAAAGCAAUGCCUUACAUGUUGGUUGCAGAUGAAGCUUUUCAACUAAACAAUUUUACAUUAAGACCAUAUCCAGGGAAAACAUUGACUAAUGAGCAAAGGAUUUUUAAUUAUCGAUUGAGUCGAGCACGAAGAGUAGUAGAAAAUACAUUCGGUAUUAUGGUGGCACGAUGGCGUAUUUUUUCAAAAAUAAUUAAUACAUCUUUGAAAACCAGUGAAAGUAUCGUGAAAGCUUGUGUGAUCUUGCAUAAUUAUUGUAUGGACAAAGUUGGAUAUUGUAGUAAAGGUUUUGCUGAUGAAUUUCAUUAUAAUGGACAACUUAUCCCUGGUGAAUGGAGAACUAUGAUACAAAAUUCUGGUAUAGCAUCAUUACGAAAUGAUAGCAGUAAUACUCAUUCCCGUUUUGCAGCUGCUAUAAGGGAAGAUUUUAAAAAUUACUUUUUAGAUGAAGGAGCAGUUCCGUGGCAAUGGAACUUAGUCCACGGAUGGUAGUCCACGGAGUGUAAAUAUACUUUGAAAUAAGUUAGAUUACGUUUUAUAUCAAAUGUGUAUGUAAAUGUGUGUAUAAAAAAUAUAAUAUAAUUUAGUAAAUUAGUGCAUUAAAUAUUUUGGAAAAACGAUAUCUUUAUUACCUUACAAUAUA